CGGUCGGGUCGGAGUUCGGCGGCCUCGGCAGCGCUCGGCACGUUUUCGGUUAGUUUCGCAAGGCGCGUCGUCGUCGGACAACGGUGUAGCGUGGGUACUCCGGGGUCGAUUGACGUCAUCUUCCGUUGUCAGCCGCUCCAAAGUGUAUAAUAUGCGCGCCGGUACGAGACAUCGUCGUCGCUUCGUCGUCAGCGCGGAGUGCGCGAUCGUGUGAGGAAGACGAAAAGGACGAAGGAGGAGGAGGAGGAGAGGAAGAGAAGACGUGACGAGGGCUUCAACGUCGCGGCGCGACGUCGCGAGAAGGUAUCCGGGAUCGCAGCAAUGUCAAAGAAGAGCUGCAAGAUGCUGGUUCAUCAAGUGUCGGCUGUGUUGCCAGACGACAGGCCAAUAACUGCCAUUAGCGUUGUCGAAGACGUAGAUAAGUGUCCGCCAAACUUCACAGUGGUGUCGAGAACUUACGACCAGGACACUGACGCCGAUCUGUGGAGAGAAAGCGGUCUGUUCAUCAAGAAGAAGGGCAGAUACAUCUGCUUCUCAAAAACCGAGGGUCCGCCCGGUUGCGUGGUAGAAGAUAUCGUGGUGAUUAAUGAACGAGAUACUCCGCCGGAAGGAUACAAUAUGAUCUCGUAUACCGUGGAUUCGAGGCAAAAAGCCUGGCGGAAGAAACAGGUGUGCUAUAAAAUUAGAAAUAAGAAUUUGUGCGCGAAAGCAGUCACGGAUAUCAUAAUAUGCAGUAGGAUAAUCCACAAGGAUUCCAAAUUGGCUCCCAUUGGAUUCUCCGCCGCCGGUGUUAUAAAUGGUGUUCGCGUGUGCUAUAAAACAGUAGAUAUCAUAAAUGCAAAUUCAGACUCGCAGUCAUAUGUUAAUAUAGACUUACUACAAAGUCCUUCCCCGAAUCCUUCGAACGGAUCUCCUCACAGACCAGCCCCCGAGCGACCUCCGAAACCAAAGUUCUCGCCAAAACCACCAGUCAACGGGAUCUAUCCGCAAAUUGGUGGCGCAACUAAUAAGGACAAUGACGAAUCCGGCGAUCGAGAUUACGAAGUACUAAGUCUUAACGCGAGAAUCAGGCCCACGAGGCCGGCGCCUCAACCGCCCACAUCCGCUCUGCCCGUUGUCGGUUCGACGCCCGUUUACGGCACGCUUCCAGGCUCGUCCGAUCUCGAUGGAGUUCCGUUCGCGCUUAAUCCUCGUCUUAUCGUUAAUCAGUCUGAUUCUGCAAAUAAUAAACUUCCUGUUAUCAAAGUGUGGACACAAAGAGAUUUGGACAGAGAGUUUUUCUACGACUUCCGUGCGGAAAGGGAGACUUGAAGAACGCGACGUUUGUGCCGAAACUAAAACUCUACGAGUUUUCAUGAACGAGCCCUUCCUGCCGUUAUAUUCGUACACGUUUGUAUCCGAUAUAAUAUUAGUCAAACAAGCGCAAAUGGAGUGCCUGAACGAAUGAUUUAUAUACGAACGCGCGAGAGAAUAAAGACCGCACGACGCUUACAAAAUUGGGGAUUGUGUACUGCUCUUAAGAAAGAAUAAGAUAAACUUACUCGAUGUACGCGUUUCUUCUUCUCUCGCCCCACGUUUAAAUUUUGAUACCGGUGAUAGCGUUGUCAUAUUUUUAUAGACUUGCGUUAUAUCUUUCAGAUAGAUAGUAGAGAUUAUAUAUGUAAAAAAAUAUAUGUACACGCGCGCAAAUUUGUAUUAUAAUUAGAGAUUUUUUGCGUAUCGAACAAAGAUAUCGCAUAUCGACGCUUUUAAACUAUUGUGUGCACGAACAAUUGCAUAACUUUAUUGACAGUGGUAAUUUUCACCGCACAUUUAGCGCUGAAUAUAGCGACACAAAAUAUAAAUGUGUGGCGAGAUUACGUACCACGAAAGCUAUUUAAUUUAAUUUUGUCCCGUGUGUUUCAUCUUCUUUAACGUGAUCCAUGUAUACUAUUUUUUAUAUGGAGAAUGUUUGUCCUCUGCAAGUUUUCAUCAAAUUGCAUUUUUUCUUUUAUGUUAAUAAAGUAUCUAUUGCAAUAUUUUUUAUUUAUAUAUUCAUGUUUGUAUUUAUAUAAUUCUAUCUAAAAGUAUAUAUGGUUGUGUAUUGAAGAAAACAUGUCUUCGAUGUCGACGAAACGCGACGUUAGAUCCUGUUCUUCCAAUUAAAAUCUUUCAUCGUUUUAUUCUUCGAUAUUAAAUUCGUACUUUACGAUAAGAUUCCUCUUGAUCAUCACACGUGUAUGCGAAUGUAAUUUAAGAUAGAGAUACUCGUGUAUGUUAAACAAUAGUUUUAAUAAAAGAUGACGUGGUGAGAAGUGAA